AUGGCACAACAAUCGCUGAAAUCACAUCCACAUCCACAAUUACAAGAAGAUACACGACAACACCGAUUGCAAAUUGGUGGUCGUUCUUGGAACAGCAGAACUUUUCUGUUGACGAUGAUUCUGUCAUUGGUUCUUGUUUUCUGUGCGGACCCUGUGGUUGGCUUCACAAACUCUCCUGUUGCUAGUAAUAAUGCAAUUGGAAGAUCCAGCACCAUUCCAAGCAGACUUACAAGCACAACUACGGAACUUCACCUUUUGCUUCCAUCUCCAUUUCCAGCACUCUUUUCUGGAUCCAUAGCUGGAGCCAUUGGAGUCGGAGUCGCCUAUCCAUUGGACACCAUCAAGACCCGCGCUCAAGUUAUGGCUUCCGAGAAGCCAUCCUAUAACAAGGCUCCACAAGCAGCAGCUGCAGCAAGUGCUGGCAGUGCAGCUACUCUCGUCCUUGCUCCUCCUCCUCCAGCUGGAAGCAGCAUGAUGGAUGUGGCCCAAUACAUUCUCCGAACCGAAGGCCCUGCUGGAUUCUUUGCCGGCGUCCAAACCAGCAUGGUCGGACAAGCCAUCAUCAAGGCGGUCGUCUUUGCCGUCAAUGCCUACAUGCUGGAAUACUUGCAUGCCUCUCAGGCCUUGGAUGGAAAUACCAACUUGCAACUUCUCACAGCCGCCGCCACGGCAGGCUUUGUGACCUCCUUUUUGGCCGCACCCGUCGAUCGCAUCAAAGUCCUUUUGCAAGCCGGAAACAACUCGUAUGAGGGACGAGACGAUCAAGCCUUGCAGGCCGUGUUGAGUACCGAAGGAUGGAAGGGACUACUGGGAAGAGGCCUCUUGUGCACCAUGCUACGAGAGAUCCCAGCCUACUCGCUCUACUUUGGAGUCUAUGGUGCCCUCAUGCACGAUCCAUUCUUGACGGAACAGCUGGGAGCCGCGGCACCUCUUGUCUUUGGAGCCACGGCUGGAUGUGCCUGUUGGAUACCAAUCUAUCCCAUUGAUGUGGUCAAGACGGUGAUUCAAAACACGGAAGGAAGUGUGGCUGGUACGAAACAACAGCAGCUCUCGCUGGUCCAAGUAGCCUCCAAACUGUACCAGGAACAUGGUGUGGGUGUCUUUUGGGAUGGACUUGCCCCCCGUCUCCUUCGACAGGCCGUCAAUCACGCCACCACAUUUUCACUCUACGAGAUUCUUCUUCAUGAAGUCUUUUCCACCGUCUAA